AUGUCUUGGCCGCCUGAAUUCAGGUGUGUUUUGUGUGGACCUCAGUCCUUUGUCCAUACUGAUUCUCGUUCGUGGCCUUUGGGGUUGCGAGUCACUGCGCCGGGGGUCCCUGGACCCGAGUUCAAAGGACGCUAUAGAGGAACCAAAUCACUGGAUCUCAAGAUCCCCAAUAGACGGCUGCAAAAUUCAGGCGGAUAUCCUACUUCUGCUCAGAUGAUUCCACAUAUAGCACCAUGUUCCAUAUUCAACGAUGCAGCAGUGACUCAAGGAUGUUCUCGGAGUGAUGCUCGACAUCCGAGAGGUCGUCGUGGAUUCGAGGGCCCUGUCGCUGUCAUGAGUUUCACCCCUCGUUCAGAAGUUGAGUAUCAGGAGUCGUUCUGCUGUUCCUGUUUACACGUCUCUGACAAGCCUUCGCCACGGAUAACUAUCUCCAUACUUGUCGAGACAGGCUCAGCAGCCAAUGACCAGGGCAGUCCGAUAGUACUGUCAGCAUCGAAAGAGCUUGCACUACGCGUUAAUGUGUUGUGA